GAAAAAUCGAAAAUAAUUAAAAAUGUACAAGUUCACCAUUGUUGUUGUAUCCGCUUUAUUGUUCGCCAUUGUCUUGGCCCGUCCCGCCCAAGAACAACAGGCCGAAAUUGUAACCAGCUCAACUACACCAGCCACCAUUAUCAAACAAGUCGAUGUCAAUAAUCCUGAUGGCAGCUUCAACAGCAGCUAUGAAACAUCCAAUGGCAUCAAAGUUGAAAAUGUCGGCUACAUGAAGAAAAUCGUUGUACCCCGUCAAGAACUUGAAGACGGUCAGAUUAUCGAAGAACACGAAGAAUUGAUUUUGGUACAAAGCGGUUCAUACAGUUAUAUGGAUCCUGAGGGCAAUAUCAUCACUUUGCGUUAUGUUGCCGAUGAAAAUGGUUUCCAACCACAAGGUGAUCAUUUGCCAGUUCCUCCACAAUAGAUGUCAACUAGCAAA